UCAAGCUAAAAUUGAUUUUGACUUGUUAUUUUACCGAAAAAUAUUAAAAUUAUAAUAUUUGUCGUAUAAAAUCAAUGCAGAAACUUUUAUAACAAGCCUCCAUAGUAACUUAUCAAAAGUAUUUGACUGCUUUAAAAAUGAGCGAUGCACAAAAUGGAGAAUGUGAUAUGCUGAAAGCUCUUUAUGAUUUCGAAGCAACAUUAGCGAAGACGUUAAGUUUUACAGAAGGUGAAUUUUUUUACCUUCAACAAACCAACACUAAACAGCGAAACUGGUGGCAUGUUGUUAAUAGAAAAGGUCAUGUGGGUUUCGUUCCGUCGAAUUACGUAGCCUCAGUCAAGGCAGACCCAGAGUUUUUUCUGGCAUUCUUAAACGAUUGUAUUAAAAACCUUAAUGAAAAUCAUACAAUGUCAUCACAGAAACAAGAGACAUUAGCUAGAUUGAAUGAAAAGAAGAAGCAAAUUCAAUUAUUAGUUAAACCAGCUUCUAAAAAGCCUCCAGCACCAAAACCACCUCCACGUUGGGAUGAUUCAACUUCUCCUAAUGGUGUGUCACCAUCAUUUGAUUUGAGGCCAGUUGUGUCUCAACAACAUGUGUCUGAAGAAUAUGAUGCACCACAGUCUCCAAUAAAGACUAUAGACAAACCAUUACAAGAAGUAGAGGAGGAUCGGAAGAAAAAUAAUGUGCCAAAGACUUCUAACCAGCUCUCUUCAGACACUGACAACCAGGAUGAUAGCCAGGACAGUAGUGAGAGCAUUAAACCCAAUGCUAUAUAUGAAAUUGUACAGGCUGUGCGUAAGGAAACUCAAUUGAGUCAUGAGAUGUCUAAAGUUGCAGUGGAAACUGUCCUUAUAUCAUUAAGAGAAUUCCUUCCUGGUGGGGCUGCAAGAUCCAUUAUCGAUGCAUUACUUCGUGAAGCUAACAGCAAUAUAACAUGCCCGAAGAAUGCAAUCGAUGCUGCACCAGAUGCAUUACGAAUGAUGACAGCACUUAAUGCAUUGUCUAAGGCCGCUAAUGAUGCCCAACAGAGGGGCUGGGCAUUACAUGAUGAUGCACAUGACAUACAAACACAAUUAUUGGAACUUAUAUCAGUAAUGUCAAAUGCGGAUAUAAAUAUCUCCCAGCAUGUGCUCAGCAGCCACCGGUACGCCUACGUCACCACCUUGGUGCAGUAUUACCAGAUGGAAACACGUUGGCCACUGCGACAGCUCUUACUGCAGGCGUUCGGCGUGAUGUGUGGUCUGGAGCGCACCGCGCUGGCGACGCUGGCGCUGUCCGCGCUGCCGGCGGAGCUCGCACGCGACAUGCGCGACAACCCGCGCGCGCUCAGCCGCCUCUCGCACUCCGCCCUACUCCUCUCCAUGCUGCUGUCCAUGGCCGACAAACUGCCCGUCACACACUUCGAACAACUGGGUGUGGAAUUUGCUCAAUUCCUGCUGGAGCUGAUCGAGAACCCCCCGGAGACGGAUGUGGACGAGCAGAUCCCUGAUCUCUUCCUUACUUUGCUACUCGCCUACAAUCUGCAGUUCGACAACCCCCAUGAGAACCUUCUACUGGACGCUCUCGAAACUCAAGAUAAUGCGAAGACAUUUUGCGAGAAAGUACUUCUAUUGUUAAACCGUGAAGAGGACCCGGUGCAUAUAUUCGACCAUGAGCCGGCGCCGCCACAUUCGGUGCUCAAGCUGGUCAUCGACCUCUUCAGCCGCAAGAAGACCGCUGAGCAUUUCUACACCAACGACGUCAAAGUCGCCAUUGACAUCAUCGUGCGACAGCUCGCUGAUCUGUCACCUGGAGAUAAUCGUCGUUGGGAAUACCUCCGCGUGGUGCAAGGCAUCGUGCGCAACACAGAUUACGGCGCGCAUAGACACCGACGCGACGACCUGCUGCGUUGUUUCGCGCGCAUCUUGUGCGAGGACGCGCCCGCCGCGCACGUCGCGGCAGCCGCGCGCCGAGACCACGCCGCCGUGCGCGCCAUCUACAAUGAGUUCCCGCACUUCUUCCUGCCAUAGACAAUCUACAACACUCUAUGGUAAUUAUCUUCAUUUCAUAUUAUCGUUGUCAAUAUUUUUGGCGGCUCAAUGUCAUCUGCGCGCUUCGCAGUCACAACGUAUACCUUUACGUCCCGCUACAUUGUGUUUCUAUCCGCCAUUGAAAAACCAAACUAACUAUCCAUAUUACGUUGUUUAUCCAUUAAAGUUAG